CCGCCGAAGGAACACGACAAACUAGCCCACACUUGCAGCAGCAACUAGCAAGCAGCGAAGAAGUGUGCAGUGGUAGAAAAGAGACAUAUUUUUUCUUGCAGAAGAUUCAUUGGCCUUACAGCCGCUCUGUUUAAUUUUUCGGUUUUUCGUUUCAAAUAGUUAAUAGUAACGAAUUUUUAUCAGUGAAACAAAAGAAAAAGAGCUGUUUUGAUAAAACUUUCUCAAGUGGCUGAGUCCAUUUUCCGACUCGUGUGCAUAUUGUUUUCAUUGGUCGAAAUUGUGUUAAUUCGACAUGUUUUAUCCUUUGCAUUCAACCUUCGAAGAUGGACAGAUUGAGGUUGGUCGCUCGGAGACGCUAGGCCAAGAAUCGCCGGUUGACAACAGGCAUUCACUUGCCGUGUCAUUUUCGCUAGGAAACACACUUAUCAAUCUCAACAAGAUCAAACACCCAAGUGCCCAAUUUCAACAUGAUCAAAUGUAUUCGAUGAGACCCGAAUUGGCUAUGAAGAAAAAUGUCGAAUUCACUUACUCACCAAGUUCAACGCCUCAACCAACAUUCGAAGAUGGUGAAAUUGAACUUGCCCGUCCGGAAAUGCUGAGCCAAGAGCAGCAGCUCGUGGACAAUAAGCAUUCACUCGCUGUAUCACUCUCGCUAGGAAAUACGCUAAUAAAUCUCAAUAAGAUCAAGUACACAACCGCCCAAUCUCAGCAUGAUCAAAUGUCAUCGAUGCGUCCUGAAAUGCUAACGCAGUAUCCGCUAGCCGAUAAUAAACAUUCGCUCGCCGUGUCGCUUUCACUGGGAAACACAUUAAUCAAUCUCAACAAGAUCAAGUGUCCACAGUGUCGGAAGCGAUUCGAUACGAUGGAGGAAAUGCAACAGCAUCGCACUAAGCAUUUGACUGAGAAUAAGUUCAAGUGCGAAAUAUGCAGCAAAGAAUUCCCUAGUCACAGCUCUAUGUGGAAGCACACCAAAGCUCACACCGGAGAUCGUCCAUUUGUUUGUCAAAUUUGCAACAAAGGGUUUACACAGCUAGCUAACUUACAGCGCCAUGAUCUUGUUCAUAACGGACUGAAGCCUUUCAAAUGUCCAAUCUGCGAAAAGUGCUUUACACAGCAGGCAAAUAUGUUGAAACAUCAACUUCUCCAUACCGGGCUUAAACCAUAUAAGUGUCCAGUGUGCCAGAAAGCAUUUUCUCAACAUGCAAAUAUGAUAAAACAUCAGAUGCUUCAUACAGGUUUGAAGCCUUAUAAAUGUCCCGUGUGCCAUAAGGCUUUCACUCAACACGCCAACAUGGUUAAACAUCAGAUGCUUCAUACCGGUUUAAAACCGUACAAGUGUCCUGUUUGUGAUAAAGCGUUUACUCAGCAAGCCAACAUGGUUAAGCAUCAGAUGCUUCAUACCGGAGUAAAACCUUACAAGUGUUCUACGUGUGGCAAGGCUUUUGCACAACAGGCAAACAUGGUCAAGCAUCAGAUGCUUCAUACCGGAGUGAAACCAUACAAAUGCCCAACUUGUGAUAAAGCUUUUGCUCAACAGGCGAACAUGAUGAAGCAUCAGAUGCUCCACACUGGAUUAAAACCGUACAAAUGCAACACAUGCGGAAAAGCGUUCGCCCAGCAAGCCAAUAUGGUCAAACAUCAGAUGCUACACACGGGCAUUAAACCGUACAAAUGCAAUACUUGUGGCAAAGCAUUCGCACAACAAGCGAAUAUGGUUAAACAUCAAAUGCUACACACCGGAGUUAAACCCUACAAAUGCUCCGUGUGCGGUAAAGCGUUCGCGCAACAAGCGAACAUGGUUAAACAUCAGAUGCUCCACAGCGGAAUUAAGCCAUAUAAAUGUCCAACUUGCGAUAAGGCAUUUGCUCAGCAGGCAAACAUGGUUAAGCAUCAAAUGCUGCACACUGGUGAAAAACCAUUCAAAUGCAAGAGCUGUGAUAAAGCAUUCUCUCAACGUGCCAAUCUCAAAAAGCACGAGAUGGUGCAUCUCGGAAUACGUCCGCACACCUGUCCUUUGUGCUCCAAAUCGUACUCGCAGUAUUCGAACCUUAAAAAACACCUGCUGGUGCACCAGAAACAGUCACUGAAGCAACAGCAGAAUGGACAAGUUAUGGUCAUUUUAUACAACUGCCAAACCUGCAAGAUGCAGUUCGAAAACAUUCUCGAAUUUGAACGUCACACUAAGCAAUGCAACGAAAUCAACAACGGUAACCACGGUUUGAAACUGGAGCACAUCAACAUAAAGAGUGAAAUCGACAUAGACGGUAGUUCAAGCUCGGGAAUGACGCAACACAUCACUAUACCGCAAAGCCAACCUCAACCUCCUAUGCACGUCCCUUCGGCAAUACUAACAUCGGUGAUCUCAUCCUCCGCUGCCGUGGCCAGUGCUCACACUAUUAGUACCGCUCACGCAAGUCACCAUCCAAGUGCCCAUCUACAGCAUCCGCAGCCGCAGCAUACACCACCAGAUGUUACCGUUCAACAUCAGCAGCAACACCAGCAGCAGCAACAGCAAACUGUUCAUCAACAGCAGCCAACCCCGACACAUCAGCAGCAUCCGUCUUUGCAGCAACAACACAAUCUACCCAUCCAUCUACAACAACAAUUAUCGCAUCACUUAAUUUCCUCCCACCUUCCACAUCAAGACCAUGGUCCAACAGAGUUGCACCAUCAGGUUAACUUCCAUCAUCCACAUAUACCUCAUAUUCCCAAUAUACCGCACAAAAUACUCUCCCCGUUGUUCCAUAUUCCGUCGUUCAACAACAAUCACAGUACAUAAUGGAAAGCUCGAAAGGGAUCAUCGUCAACGGGUAGAUCCCUACCGACUACUGUGACAACAGCGGCAACGACGGUAGCAGCAGCAGCAGCAUUAGCCGCAGUAACGACAGCUACAUCAAUAGCUGCGACUGUGAAUGAACCAGCUUCAGAGCAGUAGCAGCAGUAGACUCUUAACGGACAUCGUAGGGUAGGGCACUCGCGUCACUAUCAGCUGUGUGACGGCGGACAAGACAACUAAAUUAAUACUUAUGUAGUUGCAUGGGUAGCAGCAAACGCAUCUGAUCCAACGCAAAUAAGUGCGAAAGCACUGACUAUACUCCGGGAGUAUUACUUAUAGGUAGGAACUAUCAAAGGGCAGAGUUGAAUGUGACCUUUUCGUUAUUCUAGACUGCACGGCAUCGCGCCAGUGGUUGUCACAGAGGAUGUGAGCUGUGAGAGGAGUUCUGUGAUAUGCUCAUUACACAUUGUUGGCACAAGAAAUUCACAAAACCGCUAAGGACCUAUUGUCAUUACUCGCGGGCGAAGUUUACUGUCCAUUGAACAUACUGGUAGCAAUAUAUUUUGCUAUGAGCCUCAAGGAACUUUGUUAAGAACACCGUUCAGAAUGCAUUCAUCACUAAAUGAUUGAUCAUAAUGAUUUUUUUCCCGUUAAGUACACUAGCCAGAAUUAUAUGUUUAACGGGAUAUCAAUCAAUAAAAACUGAUGACGUGAUGCUCUUUUCAAAUUGAAGGAGUUUUCUUACAAAAUCGGGAGCUUCUGCCAUCGCAUCCGCAAAAGUAGAAAAACGAACGAGUGUUCUCAUUUUCAGAUAAGUUUUACUUCAAAAUUAGGACAGAAAUAUUCGACUUCCUUAUUUUUUGAUGCACACUAUUUGAUAAGGAUGUAACUGUGAUUUUUAUGAUCCGUUUUUACCAAUUUGAUCACUUGAUACGAUUCAUGGCGUGGCCUGUGUAAUAGUAUAGAUACAUGAAUACACAUGCAAGUACAUUGUCUUAAGGUGGCCGGUUAUCUUAGUCGUUUGCGCUGAAUUGUAAAUUCUAUUUAAUGCGAGCUAUUUAAUGUGCUGAUAUUUUUUUUUUCAAUCAGAGUUUUCUGCAAUUUGUUGAAAAACGGCGCAUGUAUGACUGAUCCCAACAUGAAACUUAAAUUACUUUGUAACGAUUCAUGCCACCAGUAUGUAAAUAAUCGUUUAUUAUCUCAGGUCAUAUCUUCAAUAACAGGAAGAACUAGCGAGAGUUACUUUCGGCAUGACCAAUCUCCUGGGCUGUGCUAAAAUUGAAACGAAUCAGACAAACUCUCAUACCCCAACAACCAGCUCCGGAAAUCGGUACACCAUUAAGCAAACCCCUCGAGUGAAUGAUUGCUUGUUUUGCGCUCUUCGCCCCUUUGAUAGUGAGGGUAUGAAAGGAUAGCACUGCUAGGUCGGAAUACAGUUCCUAAAAGCUUCGCACAGAACUAGCGGCAGUACUGAAGCGCCACGAUUAUAAACACUAGUAGCAAAGCAAAAUUCUUCUGAUUUAGUAUUUCGGUUAUACAUAAUUCAAUCAAACUAGGGUCGCUGGUAGGAUUACGAGAUCUCGUAUGAAUUUAUACUUACUUUUAUCAUCGUUACGUGAUCACCUGAUCUCACGUACUGUACGAGUUUGUCGUUUACUGUUUUAACGUAACUUUUUGCCAUUCUUCAGAAUUAUUGAUCCCCAUACCUUUUGCUCCUAUUUGUGCUAGUCUUCAAAACAUAAGGAAAAUAUGUUGGAAACAAUACAGACUUAAAACUUGUACUAUAAACAAACGGAAAAGAGUCUGCAUACAUUCAGCAGUACGGAACUGUAUGCGUAAAAAUAUAUAAAAGAGACUGCGUCUGAAUAAAAUAAAGUGGAAUAGAUAAGCAUUGCAAAACCAUGAUUGGUGAUUCUUUAUAAGCAAAUGAAUUACGUCACAUUUAAGCACACGACUGAGUGUUAAAGAUUUCGUUAGAACUUGCUUUUAGCUUUACUACUACCAGAGCGCAGAUAGUCGCAUCCACGGUAGGAUAUCAAUACUUUACACAAAUAAAACCAGAGCAGUGCGCCAAGUCUUCCAAAAAUGAGCUGCAAACAGUCAUCCGAUUUCUUCAUAUACUACUGUAUCGAUAGAAAAUCUUACCGUGAAUGACGCAUUUUUUUUGUAUCAAUCGAAAGAGCCUCCAUUUGGAUUAAGUUUUUUAUGCUCGGUCCUCAGAUGAAUUCAGGUUUAAGUUACUUGUUACUAACAUUAGCCAUUAGAGAGUAUUAUCCGAUAGAACCAGCUGCGGAAAGAACUGUGUCCAACGAAAGAUCCUUUCCGCAUUGAUAAGUCAAAGCACACAAUAUUUACUCCCGACCGCCGCUAAUAGAAAUACACAUGAAGCAUAUACGUAUAAGCCUUAGGAAUUAAACAAUUACACUAUUGGCACUCAUGGGAUACUAGUAGUAAUUAACAUGAAAAUUUCAGAAAAUCGAUUAGAUUUAGAAGCAUAAAUCCAUUAGCAGUAGAAUCAAAAAUACCUACCAUUUUUGAAAUGCCGCAAUUUCAAUUGAUCGAAGUUGAGCUACGACACGCGGAGCACUCACAUACAUACAGAGUUAAACGGUGAUAGAUAUGUUAGAAAGUCAUUUUAGUAAGGAAAGAAAAUGCCAAGAGAGUUGUUUUGUUCAAACGCAAGUGCUGUAUAGGAAAUAUACUGCGUGUCAACCGAACGCGGCUGAAGCUUAUAGGAUUCAGCCUUUAAAAAAGCUUUUAUAAACCAAUCCCGUGUAGCGUGAAACGAUGAUUAGUAAGGAAAGUGCGAACCACAAUAAUUGGCUGUUGAAUAGAGAGUGUUACCUAAUAUUAACUGUAACAGAUGAAGGUUAGAAUAAAAGCAGGGCAUACUAUAAAGUGAGAACGAGAGAGAAAUAAGUCAGUCUGGAAAUUACGGUGCGGUUAUACUGUUCAAAACAGUUCACCGAACGAAAAAAAAAGAAAAAAACAGUGCAAAAUGUGAAAUCUUAAACUAAAAAUAAAAACAGAGUGUUUUAAUGAAAACAGAAAGUAAUACUUUUUAUAUAGUUUGUUUUAAGAAGGAGAACAGUCAGAGCGAUGCAGUCAAUGUUGAUGAUGGAGAGAUAUGAGAAAGAGUUUAAUUCCGUUGGCAGUUUAUAUUAUCUGAUUAAUUGCGCAGUGCGAUAUAGCUUAAGUUUGACGCUACACUACUACCCAGUUUUUUGUAAACCCUAAUGAAAAAAAUAUUGUUACUUCAUAAACUGAAAGCGGAUAGGCAAUACAGUAUAGUUUGUUACGUUUUUCGCUGCUGUGACAAGCUCAAAUCAUAUGUUAAGCGUGAUUUGCGAAAUGAAAUAGUUUAGAUUUCUCACUUUUUUGAUACACUCUUCCUAUUAUUGCUACGAUACACAAUCAAAUAAACAAUACGUAUAGAA